AUUUUCAUAUUGAAAAGUGAGACUAAAAACGUGAGGCAGAUUGAAACCACGAGUAAAAAUCUGAACGAGCGAAAAGCCGGACAGGAUUUAUUUGGCAAAAUUCUAUUUUAAAUAAAUUUUAAGCCACCAUCCUGACGCUGUUAAUUCCACUUUUUCGUCGCCCAAUCAUCUCCCUUAUUCCUCCACUCCAAAUUGGAAAACUUGUCGUCGCCACCGGUGUGUCGAAAAUGUCGUCGUCGUCAGUACAAGAUAAACUGGAUAAGGUUCCCCCCGUCGGAAUCGAUGCUGCUGGACGAUUCAAAUAUAUUUUGAUUAAAGUUUACGUCACAACGGAUCCUGCCAAGUCGCCGGCGAAAGAACAAUUUAAAUAUGUCGUGAGAGGAUAUGCAGAUUGUCCGUAUCAUGGCGACAUUUACGACCGGUUUGUUGAGUUUCUUGCCAAAUUGGAGAAAGGUGCGUAUGAUUCGGAGUGUGUGGGAGGAGGAAGAAUUACGCACGAGUCUAAGAAAAUUACUGUUUUUGGAUACUCGCAGGGUUAUGGAAAAGCAGACCACUCAAUUACGGCAGACGUUUUGAAACAACAUUUUCCAUCGGAUUAUGAAAUUUCUUGGAAUAAUGACGGAUAUUAGUAAAUUAAAUACAAAGUCGUUGCUCAUGCAAAAUUGUAAACUAAACUAUUAUGUUACUUUAUAAGUAUUAAUACAUGAUAAGCACGUUAUUCAAGUCCAGCUCUAUUGUCUGUUGUAUCUAUCUAAAUAAUUUUUAAUUGACCUCACUCCAGAGAUGUAAUGAUUAAUAAUUACUCAAAAACCGAGUCUAAAUUGCUCCAUCCGAAUACGAAUUUGAAAUUAAAGGAUUGGAGAACAAUAAACAAAUUUAGAUGACACUGUUAA